AACAAAAUAUUUCAACGAGAAUCUAGUGCUGGGAAGCGCGAAAAGUGCCUGGUUCUGCUGAUUUAUUUUGCUUUGUCCGCCGAAAAGGAAACUUGCCACAAGGACUACAUUCCAAAGUUGACUUUACUAUGAGCAAGAACGAUGCUCAACUACAUUAGAGAUGCAAUCAUGGCACCGACAACACGCAGCAGCUCCAAUAACAAGAAAAGCAGCCAGCCAGCAGGCGAAGCUCUCCAGAAUGCGAGCUCACCCGACUCCAUGGGAACAGUGGGUGCUCAAAUGCGUGGCUACAAGGUUACUGAUAACGAGCGAACGAGAAAAUACGGGAUAGGAGCCAAUUCCCUGGAAAUGCUGUUAUCCAAGGCAAACAGAAAGUUCCCGCUUCACGACUUACAUUUGUAUUUGGCUUCUGAUGGCUUCGAAGUUUCCGACGAUGAGUACUUAGGAAGUCUACCAGCUCAGACGCUGUUCAUAGUUUCAGGACCGGAUGCUGUCAUUACAACAGAUGCCGAUUUCGAGUUUGAAAAGAUGCGACAGCAAUCGCCUUUGCUGAAGGUGGCUGACAUUUUCUACGACUUUAUCGAACAGCAUCCGGAAAAGUUCCGCCGCAUGAUCACGGAGUACGAAGACCAAAAGCAACGUUGCGUCCUGGAUAACAGCAAGGCCCACCUCAGCUUGAAGGACGAGCACGUGGAAUGGUUCGCGGGCGGGGAGGAGAGGUUCCAUUCGAAGGAAGAAGCCAUGGCCAUGCGUGCCCAGACACGUGUGCGCGGUUACUACUAUAAGGCCAAGGAGCAACUGACGCGUAAUCCCUUGUACCGCCAAAAUGUUAAGGCCCGACAAGUGAUAAAUGCUGUGCUGGAAAAGUUUCGAUACCUGCUCAUCGGUUGCGACUUUUUCUCCAUGAUCUUUGACAGGAGUUGCAAGCAAAAGCAUGAAUUUCUGCAGCAGCACUUGGGCGAGGAGGAAACAGACGCUGGCAGAAUACCCAGCAAGAGACUGAGGCAGGUAAUUAAGGAGUACACAAAGGAAAACUGCAUCCUCGACGAGUGGUCCACUUCCUUGUGCUCCGAUCUGGGUGACUUCUACUGUCAGGGCUCCUACUCGGAGAAUGGCAACAGCUGCUCAAAGCAGCACACUAUCAAUCCGUACGCUUCGCGAGAGAAUCUCAUUUUGUUCCAGGUCUGGAACCUGGACCACCAGAUUGAACUGUGCCGCACAAUACUUCCCGCUCUUGUGGCAAAUGUGGAAGAACUUGUUAGUCAUCCGCAGAUAAAGUGUUCACUUCAUAAUAAGCAAGUGGUGGAUAUCUCAGUACUGGAGUACUUUCUAGAAAUAUUCUCGCUAAAGAACCUUAAACUAGUGCACAUUGUCUGUCAUGAGAGGGUUCAGCGCUCCAACCGCUCGAACGGUCGCCUUCUGUGCCCUGACUGCCAUGAGUACCGCAUUGUACAAGAGCUGAUGGAAGUGCAAGUCGACAGUCUAACCUCUUAAAUGGUAUGUCAAAUGGUAUAUUGAAAAGUUACCUAGCCAAGCAAUAUUGUACGCAAUAACUUUACAAAAUGUAUCUACGAGUUUUGUUGUUGUUUUUUUUUUCCAAAUACCGUGUAUUCGGUUUUUGAACAUUUUAUGUUGCUGAUCUCGUAUGGGAAAAGUUGUACAAAUGAAAUUAUAUCGAUCAAUAGGAACGUACUGUUGAAGGUAUUUACAUAUUAAAUACGUAUACUAUUAACUUAUAUGCAUUUAAUGUUGAUAUAGCUUUUCAAACUAUUAGAAUUAUGUGACUAUGCAAUAUCGGUAUAUUAUCUAGAUUUAAAAGUUAGUUGAUUGUAACGCUAGUAGCUGAGAAUUUAAAGUUGGCGUUACAUCGAUCAGCAAGUCCAAACUAUGAAUUAUGAAAAUAUUGUAUGUUAUGAAGUACAUAUGCAUACUCGUGUAACGAAUUUAAACUAAAACGUAACAGUAUGAAAAGGUUUUGCUACACUUGGCUUCUCCGCACCUCUAAAAGAUUCAUUUAUUUUAUAAACAAAGUAUUUAAGAGCCAAACCGUCGGUUUGAUUUCCGUCGUAUUCUAUACAGGACAAAUACAAGUUUCAUGAUUUUACUUCUUUAUUUACUAAAAAAUUUUACUGCAUAUAAAAUUGUACAACACAAAAUAUAUUUUAUUUAUGUAUCAAAGUAUAAUAUUCAAAUAAAUGUGAAGAGAGUUCGUAUGCAUACGAAC